AUGGCCUCUCCCAUCCACUACUCUUCACUUGCCCUCUCUCUCCCCUCCACUAUCCCUCCCUUGCCCUCUCCCCCCCGCUUCUCUUCCCUCGCCCUCUCCCAUUAUUACCCUUCACUUGCCCUCUCCCCUCCACUUUCCCUCCCUUGCCCUCCCCCCUCCACUUUCCCUCCCUUGCCCUCUCCCCUCCACUUUCCCUCCCUUGCCCUCUCCCCCCCUUGCCCUCUCCCCCCCGCUACUCUUCCCUCGCCCUCUCCCUUUUAUUACCGUUCCCUUGAGCUCCCCCCUCCACAACCAUUCCUUUUGACUCCCCCCUCCACUACCCUUUCGUUGCCCGCUUCCCCCCACUUUCCUUCCGUUUCCAUAUCCCCUCCACUACGCUCCUCUUGCCCUCUCUCCGUCAAUACCUUUCCCUUUCCCUCUCCCCUCUACUACCGUUCCCGUUGCUCUCUCCCCUCCACUACCCUUCCCUUGCCCUCUCCCUUCCCACUACCCUCAUCCUCUCCUCCCAUUCACUCUCUUAUUCCCAAUCAGCCACACUCACCCUUCUCCCUACCCUCCCCCUUCAAACUCCUUCCUUCUGCUUCCAGCAGGUUUGAGGACAGAAUUGUGACUGGCAAUGAGGAUUUUGCCUUUCACUCGUCCCCUUUCUCCCCAUCACCCUCCCCAAUCAGAUCUAUGUCCCCUCCCUCCCCUGUAUCCCAUUUUCCUUCAGCCAUGCUCCUAACCUUCCCCCUCAGCUUCUGCCUUCUGCGUAUCAUUCAUCCCCUUUCUCCCCAUCAACCUUCACAAUCACAUCUGUGUCCCCUCCCUUCUCUUUCUCCCAUUCUUCCAUCAGCCCCACUCCUAGCCUCCCCCACCCCCUCAAAACCACUCACCCCUCAGCUUCUGCCUUCUGCCUUGCACUCAUCCCGCUUCUCCACAUGCCCCUUAUCAAUCACAUCUAUGUCCUCCCUUCUCUCUCUUCCUUGUCCCUUCAGCCCUGCUCCUCGCACUUCCCCUCGUGUGAUGCCUUCUGCCUUCCAUCCCCCUCCCCCCUCACCCUCUCCAGUCAUAUCCAUCCCCGCUUUCCUCCUUCCUUCCCCUCCCUCUGCCUCACUCCCCCCCAUAAACCCCACCUCAUCCUCUUCCCCCGUCUCCCCCUUCUCCACUCCUUCCUCCCCCUUAAACCCCAACAAGUCAUCUUCUGCCCCAUUCCGCCAAUUCUCAUACUCAUCCGGGAAAUUCGUCAAUGCUCAGGGCCCACGAAGUUUCACCGCCGCCCGAUCGUGCGCUCGGGCAGCCUCUUCCGGACAGGUGAGCGUUCCAAGCCACACACGGGAGUUCUUCUUGGGAAAUCGGAUCUCUGCCACCCACUUCCUGCAGUGCCGCUGCCGCACCCCCCGGUACCUGUUUUUGUCUUUCCUUGCUUGUCUGCCGGCCGCCAUAGUGGACAGAAAAGGCGGAACUGUGAUGGCACUUGUGGUUGGAUUAGAGGACGCAUCAAGAGGUGCACCUCUGCUUCUCGCUUCACCACCAUCACGGGGGAUCCGCACUGCUGCAGCAGCAUCUCUGGCUGCUAUUGUAGGCGUAUCUCUGCAGCAGCACCUCUGCUUUACGUGUCUUUGCUGUUUUCCGCCUGCCUCUGGCACCCGAGACUGCUCUGCUGCACCCGCUGCUAUGCCCACUCCCACUGCUAACAACCCUACCACCGCCUUCCCCUCCACCAUUACCCCCAACAUUCCCACCACCACUCUUACCAUCAUCCCCUCCCCCACCAUGCCCUCCACCACCACUCCCACUGCCACCGUCCCCCCUCAUACCACCGUCCCCCCUCACACACUGUCCCCCCUCAUACCACCAUCCCUCCUCAUACCACCAUCUCUCGCUGCCAUUCCUCCUCCAAAUGCCUCCCUUGCACCUCGCCAGCAGCAGCAGCAGCAGCAGCAGCAGCAGCAGCAGCAGCAGCAGCAGCAGCAGCAGCAGCAGCAGCAGCAGCAGCAGCAGCAGCAGCAGCAGCAGCAGCAGCAGCAGCAGCAGCAGGACCAGCACCAUCACCACCGUCGACAGCAGUACAAUUAG